AUGCCAUGGUUCUGCCCAAUGUUAGAAUUUUCCCCUCUCUUUACAAAAUGUGAUCAAGGAGAUGACGUCCUCUUAAUCUUUGCGAUUAGAUGUAAAGGUGUCUUCGUUCUCACUUGUGCGAUAUUAUCGAUCUCUUCAUACAAGCCGAAUAUACAUCUUCUUGAUUAUUUCAUCGAUCCUUGUUAUGCUAUCCCUACCAUUUAA